AUGGCUUCCCCGACGAUGUUCACGCUCAUCAGCUGCGACGACGAGCGCUUCGAGGUGACGGAGGCGGCGGCCAACAUGUCGCAGACCAUCCGCCACAUGAUCGAGGACGGCUGCGCCGACGGCGGCGUCCCGCUCCCCAACGUCGACGCCAAGACCCUCGCCAAGGUGCUCGAGUACUGCAACAGGCACGCCGCCGCCGCCGCGAGCCCCGAGCCUGCUGCUGCCGGCCCCGCCGCCACCGCGAGCGCCUCGGCGGGCAAGGACGACGACGACGAUCUGGCGAGCUUCGACAAGGCGUUCGUGGACGUCGACAAGGACACGCUGUACAACCUCCUGCUGGCCUCCAACUACCUCGAGGUCAAGGGGUUGCUGGACCUCACCUGCCAGAAGGUCGCCGACAUGAUCAAGGGCAAGAUGCCGGACCAGAUCAGGCAGACGUUCGGGAUCAAGAACGACUUCUCGCCCGAGGAGGACGAGGAGAUCCGCAAGGAGUACUCAUGGGCUUUCGAGUAGUUAGAGGCCGC